ACAGCCCUCCCCUCUUCCCACGCCCCAGUGCGUUGUGGGAUAGUGGCACUAUAAAGUAUACCCUCUCUAGGACAACGAUAAGAAGUCUGAGUCAGGAGGGGGAUGAAGAUGGCGGACGCCAAGCAGAAGAGGAAUGAACAGCUAAAGCAAUGGCUGGGCUCGGAAACGGACCAGGAACCUUCUGUUUUGAAAAAGAAGAAGACGAAGGUGAAGUUCGAUGAUGGCGCCGUGUUUCUGGCUGCCUGCUCAAGCGGCGAUACCGAGGAGGUGCUCCGUCUACUUGACCGGGGCGCUGACAUCAACUACGCCAAUGUAGACGGUCUCACUGCUCUUCACCAGGCAUGCAUAGAUGACAACGUCGACAUGGUCACGUUCCUGGUGGAACACGGAGCCAACCUCAACCAACCUGACAACGAGGGCUGGAUCCCCCUGCACGCUGCAGCUUCCUGCGGAUACCUCGACAUAGCAGAGUAUCUGAUCAGUCAGGGUGCCAAUGUUGGAGUUGUAAACAGUGAAGGUGAGACGCCUCUGGACAUCGCUGAAGAAGGGGCAAUGGAGGAGCUUCUGCAGAACGAGAUCAACCGACAAGGGUUGGAUAUCGAAGCAGCCAGAAAAGAGGAGGAGCGGAUCAUGCUGAGGGAUGCUCGGCAAUGGCUCAACAGCGGCCAAAUCCAAGACGUCCGGCAUAUAAAAUCCGGAGGAACGGCACUCCAUGUAGCUGCUGCAAAAGGAUACGUCGAAGUCUUAAAGCUUUUAAUCCAAGCUGGGUAUGAUGUAAAUAUCAAGGACAAUGAUGGCUGGACUCCUCUACAUGCAGCAGCGCACUGGGGCAAAGAGGAGGCCUGCAAGAUUCUUGUGGAGAAUCAGUGUGAUAUGGAUAUUAUUAAUAAAAUGGGUCAGACGGCUUUUGAUGUAGCAGAUGAAGACGUUCUGGGAUACUUAGAGGAACUCCAAAAGAAACAAAAUCUGCUGACGAUUGAGAAGAAAGACGUUAAGAAGUCUCCUCUGAUUGAAACGACCACCAUGGGCGACAACAACCAGUCACUGAAACCACUCAAGAGCAAAGAGACUCUGCUCCUGGAGCCGGAAAAGACUGCUCUACGCAUCGAGACGCUGGAACCAGAGAAAGUGGAUGAGGAGGAGGAGGGGAAGAAGGAUGAAUCGAGCUGCUCGAGCGAAGAGGAGGAGGAAGAGGAUUCAGAGUCUGAGACGGAAGCUGAAAAAAGCAAACCGGCCCCAGCGGUGAGCAGCAGCUCGACACCCACCCCCACCACCGUCAGCGUCACCGUUUCAUCUCCAACUAGCCCUACUAACCAGUUUGAUUAUAUUACUCCUCUCAUGCCUUUGGCGGAGCCAGGCUGUCCUUCGCUGUGGCGUCAAGGUUUGCGCAAAACUGGCAUUUCUCUUGUGCCCAAAAAGCUGAUGGUCCCCCAGCCUGCUGGAAAGGUUUCAACAAAAGUGGAGGAGGAGAAGAAGGACGAGUCUCCGGCCUCGUGGCGUUUGGGUUUGAGAAAGACGGGCAGCUACGGGGCGCUCUCCGAGAUCACGGCCACUAAGGACACCCAGAGGGAGAAGGAAACCACGGGUGUGAUGCGCUCGGCGUCGAGCCCUCGGCUCACCAUAUCCCUGGACAACAAAGAGAAAGAGAAGGAAAGAGACAAAGGAACCCGACUGGCCUAUGUGGCCCCAACCAUCCCCAGGAGACUCGCCAGUGCUUCCGACAUGGAUGAGAAGGAAAACCGGGACUCUGCUGCAGUGAGACGGAGUGGCUCUUACACUCGCCGGCGCUGGGACGACGACCUGAAGAACAACGAUGGAACCUCCUCCACCAAUCGAACCCCCAGCUACCAGCGCAGCACGUCCCAUACGCUAGCGCUAGGGCGGAGCGGCAGCACGCGGGACGUGCCAGCCAAGUCUUCGUCCACCUCCAGCUUGGACCCUAACACCUAUAACACUAAACCCUGGCAGCCGCCCUCCUCCCACUACCAGUCUUACAGCAUUUACCGCAGCGGCUCGUUUGGAAGAAGGCACGAAGACUUGAGCUCCACCACCUCGUCCUCCUCCACGACCACCACCUCCUCGUCUGUUACCUCGCCCACAGGCCACCGCGGCUUGUUCUCUAGCCUGGGCUCCUCUUCCACCCGAACUGGCUCCACCAGUCUCACCAGCAGGUACUGGUCGGAAGAGAGUGCAGAGAGGGAGAAGGAUUCUGCUGCGGUUAUCCCCACUAUCAACACUGGCUCUACUACGACCACCACGUCUACCGCUACAACCGCCAUAUCUACCACCACCACCGGCACCGGCAUCAUCACGGGCACCGGGUCGGAAAGGCGCAGGUCGUACCUGACGCCGGUGCGAGACGAGGAGUCGGAGUCUCAGAGGAAAGCUCGAUCCAGACAGGCCCGGCAGUCACGAAGGUCCACACAGGGAGUGACUCUGACCGACCUGCAAGAGGCUGAAAAGACCAUCGGCAGGAGUCGCCCCCUAAAGACCCGCGAAGAAGAGAAGGAGGAGAAAGAGAAGCAGGACAAGGAGAAGCAGGAGGAGAAGACGGAGACGAAGGAGGACGAUUACCAAUCGAAGUACCGUAGCUUUGAAGAGCGUUAUCGACCCUCGUCUUCCUCCUCCACCUCGGCCAUUUCCACAGUCAGCACUGCCUCCACUACUUCUUACUCGAGCACCCCGCUGUCCUCCAGCUCCAGUUCCCUCAACAGGCCCAACAGCCUGACGGGGAUCACUUCCUCCUACAGCCGCUCCUACAGAGACACAGAAAAAGAAACGGACAAAAGGGAGGAGGAUAAAGAUGGUGAGGACAAACCCCGCUCCAUACGGGAUCGCAGGCGGCCCCGCGAGAAGAGACGCUCCACUGGGGUGUCCUGGCCUCAAGAUGGUGAUCUAAACGACCCUGAUCAGCAGUCCGACACAGAGGAGGGCCGCACCAAAGGAGAGCCACAAAGUGACCAGGGCCCCAGGAACAAUGGCGACCGCCGGCCGGAGAGAGACGACACCACCGACUACAAGAAGCUCUACGAGCAGAUCUUCGCUGAGAACGAGAAGUUGAAGGCCCAGCUACGCGACACCGACCUGGAGCUGGCGGAUUUGAAGCUACAACUAGAGAAGGCCGCACAGAGGCAGGAACGCUAUGCUGACCGAUCACAGCUUGAGAUGGAGAAAAGGGUAACAAGCAGGCCCCCGUAUCAUCUGGGUGGUGGAAAGAAGAGCUCUAGAAAGGAAGAUUUCUGAGAUGGAGGAGGAACUUAAGAACCUCCCCCAGGUAAAGCAGGUUCAGGCCCUGCGGCAGAUGAAAGAGCGGCUGCAGGCUGAGAACCGGGCCCUGGCCCGCGUGGUGGCAAAGCUCUCGCAGUUGGCCUGCAGCCAGCUGCCCUCCGUCGACCUCUAGGCCACGUCUGUCUGUCACCCACCACCCUGUCUCUCUCUUUCUCCUUCACUCUUCUCCCCUUUCCAACCAACUCCCUUCUCAUGCUCCAUUUGUGCUCUGACCCGCUCCGGUAGACAGGCAGGUGUCCAGCCGCCCAGCCAUGACUGGCUUCUAUCUUUUGCCUCCCCAGAGUUUUUUUGUUGGUGUUCAAAUUGGGGAUGAUGUUUUUUACAACAGGACACUCUCCUUGUCAGGCGUUUCCUACAGAAACAGACUUUUAAAAUAUGUCAGAUGAGUAAAAUGCUUCUAAAAGACCUCGGAGUAGGAAGUUCAUUCUUAACUGAAGGUUUUAGAAACGCUGCAGGAGAGUGUCCUCUCUGUGUUUCCUAGUUUGAUGCUCUCUUCAGAGGGAGCUUCAGUUCAGUUUGGCUUGUUCUGGCUUCUUUGCAUGAAGUGAAUUCUCAUGGCUUCUCUGUAUUUUGGCCCAAAUGAUCAGAAAUAGAACUCCUCUCCACAUGUGGAUGACCGGUGCGUCCACAGACGGGUUUGUUUGGUCUCGGGUUUUAAACGAGACCGAAGCAACAGCAGAUUUCCUAUUUAAUGCUAAGUAGUAUCAUCUAACCCCGGUUCUCCACCAGAUGUCCAAGUCUUGUGGAACAUCUGCAAAGAGCCGGCGUUCUCGUUGAUGAGUUUGAUUCCACCAGGCCUGGACGUACUCACCGCAGUCCUCCAUACACAAACACGUCCCUUUUCUAAUUAAACCUCUAUCUUCUCUUGAGUCAAAGAAAAGCCCAAGUCUAAAGAAUCCAAAGUUGAUGAAGCCGUUUCAAACGGGCCCGUGCCAUCUCAGCUACACUCAGUCGCCAUUGCAUCCUACCGACCACACCGAUGGAGCACUAUGAUUGGACCGCUCAGGAUGUCAGUCAGUGGGGCAGUCUGCCCAAAUUUAAGGCCUUAGAAAUCCUUAAAAAUGACAAAUAAUCCUUAAAUACAGUUUCUAAAGGUCUUAAAUUACCAAAGACCCAAUAAACACGAUUCUUUUAUUUCUAUAAAAUUUUCAUGAAUUUCUAGUUAGUUCAGCAUUUUUUGUGUACGAUGUUGCCGUAAGCGGAACCGUACACAUUCGGUUGGUUGUGAAAGGGGGCUAUUUUUAGAUGAGCAUGCUAGUGGGAGCUUGCGCCAUGGGGAAGUGCAACAUUAAUGGUAACUGGAUGGCUAAUCCCACGUUCACGACGUGGUUUAGCACCAGUUCCAGGCAAUAGCUGGAAAUUAUAGCCUAAAUUUAAUUUAAAAAAAUAGCUUAAAUUUUGUCAAAGUGGCCUUAAAAAAGGUCUUAAAAAGUCUUAAAUUUGGCUCCCUUAAACCUGCAGAUACCCUGUUCUAGUUGGUGUUCAGCAUUUUUUGUGUAUGAUGUUGGCGUAAGCAGAACCGUACACAUUCAGUUGGUUGUGAAAGGGGGCUAUUUUUAGAUGAGCACAUUAGCUGGUUAAGCUAGUGGGAGCUUGCGCCAUGGGGAAGUGCAAGUUUAAUGGUAACUGGAUGGCUAAUCCCACAAUGGUGGUUUAGCACCGGUUCCAGGCAAUAGCUGGAAAUUAUAGCUUAAAUGUAAUUUAAAAAAUUGCUUAAAUUUGGUCAAAGUGGCCUCACAAAAGGUCUUAAAAGUCUUAAAUUUGGCUCCCUUAAACCUGCAGAUACCCUGCUUUAGGAUCUUGAAGCGUUCGCACUGGAGAGACUUUGAUGUCUCAUUUCAGUCGUGGUACAACCACACAAAAAAAUCAGAUUUACUCAAAAAAUUGGAAUUGAGCAUCAAGGCGUGCGGUGUGAACGUAGCCUUAUGGGCUCGACACACGGGAGGCGACAUCGCCUCUCCUCCAUUCAUUUUCAAGGAGACAUGUGCGACAAAGCGAUAAUCGCGGGUCUCCCUCCUACUAAGCGAAACGCGAAAAAUGUGCGUGUGAAAUUUUGCGCUCGUGCACGUGUCGUGCACAGGCGACCCAGCGACGCAAUCCCAGAAAGUUGAAAUAUUUUCAACUUUUCAUCGCUGUCGCUCGGACGAGGACCAAUCAACGGAGGUUUCAUUCACUGACCAAUGAGCGGACAGGAUGCUCCGUACACCUCCGAGCAAACAUGGAGGAGAAGUUGAUUAUUAUUAUGUUUUAUAGUAAAAUCACAAGUAAGAUUUCACAUAACUCUAGCAGCACCUUGUGAAACAUCAUAUCUACCGCUUUAUUAACUCUGAACCGCUUAAAUAACCUUAAUUCCCUCCAACCUGACACAGCCAAUCAAAACAACGGAAGUUUCGAUUUCGCCACGGAACAGAACGCGUCGACGGCUUUGCCGCUGCCGCGGGUCGCCUCUCGUGUGUCGGGUAAUAAAAGCAACAGCGACGAAUUUCGCUGAUCGCGGUCGUUUGUCGCCUCUCGUGUGUCGAGCCCCUAAGUGACAUGUCGCGUCAAACCUCACAAUGACUAUAAACUACAUUUCCCACAAGGCAUGUCAAUCGUGCUACCAGUGCAGCGACAGUAUUCCGCCACCAGGUUGCAGUGUAUCCUCAUCUGUGUCUAAUUAAUACAACAAGUGUAAAUAACUCCACAAAUUAUCCCAAAAUGUCCAGGAAGACAAAGAUUGGUGAAGAAGGAACGAUGUUGCAAGAAAGAUGGGAAGGUGAAAACGUGGCAUACGUUUCCAGUCAUUAGCGUCCAUGCUACUGGUAUCUGUGGCGUUCCCCUCCUCAUCCUGGGACAAACUGAAAACACUCCUGUGACUCGGCGCAGUUAGGUCAGCGGUUUGCCGACUUUGAAGCCCAGAAAUGGAGAUUGGAACCGCUCAGUAGUAUGUUCACCGCUGACAUGAAAAGAUCCAACCAACCCUCAGAGCUGAUUUAACUCCAGUGUAGCUCAAGUCAGUCUGACUCUGCAGCUGCUUCAGUUUUUAUCGGUUCUCCUGGACACAACCGUGUGGUCCAGCUGCUCAGAUGCUCUCCGUGUUUAGCAGCACAAACCUAUGUGAGCAGCUGUUUAUGAAGAAGAUGAACAGAACAACACAGGAGGAGGGGAAAAGUAGAGUGAAGCUUGGUUUAUGCUUGACGCAUUUACUUUCCGCUUGGUGAUGCGGCUCGUGGAUGGAACGCGCUUCACAACUUGCAGCGUUUAUGGUUCAUGCGGCUUGUCUCUGUGGUGAGCCAAUAUUCUCCCAAACUGUAGGGGGCAGCAUGGAGCUUUACGGCAUGCAUCCAACACUACACCAUAGUAGAAGUACAAAUUACUGUUUACAACAUGGCAUUCCAGCAUUUUUUAACAGCGUCCUCAUCUUUUCCAACAGUGCGAGCUAUUUCUCUCUAGGGAUGGGUACCCUUGACAUUUGAUACGAUCCGGUACUAAUUCCCGGUACCUACGAAUCGAUACCGGUACUUAAUGGUACCAGUUUUAGAUAAUUUUGAGUGUUUAAUAUUUUAAUUCUCUUUUAUAAUUGGAUAUAUAUUUUUCUCAAUAUAUAACCAUAUUUGAUAAAUAUCACAAUAAAUAACAUACAACUGUUUGUAUUUUAACAUCGUCCUUGUAGUUUUAUGAGCUGAUAAUUAAACUGAAGCAAACAUCUUUACUGUGAACUAAAUUUACUGUGUAUCUUCAUUCCUUUUGCCGUCCUUUUUCAUUUGAUUUUUCCUACUGGGAAGUUAGAAUUUCCGAGGAGAAAGCGAACGCACCGUUAGCUGAUAACGGUGGUGGCAAUGGAAGCUAACAUAUCAAGCUAACGUUAUCUUUAACAGUUUAUUUAGCUGCUGGAGCAGAUUAAAACGAAGAUGCCUCACAUAGGGCUGCUCGAUUAUGGCAAAAAUAAUAAUCACGAUUAUGGUGACUGAAAUUGAGAUCACGAUUAUUUAGGACGAUUUUUCAAUUUAUGUUGAUUUUAUUUGUUUUUAUUCAGUCAUAAAACUGCUCAGGGCACAAUCAGGACAAAAAUAAGAAACAAGAUGAUCACUAAAAGAACUCCUGAUUCCCAGGAUAAAAGGACCAAUAUACUUAUAGCUCAUAGUCUAUGACCCAAGGGCUAUAGACCUUGGUUUAACUCAUGUAAGUCUAACCAGUACAGACCCAAAUACCAAUAUCUUGCAAAUACUGACAGCAAGAAUUAUAGAGUGGCAUUUAUAACAAAUAAAUGCAAAUAAACUGAUGUUCACAAAAUGUUACAUAACAUUUAUUGAGUCGUGUCAAGGUGCUGUAGCACUGUGUCCUCAGAGAGAUUAGUUAUCAGCGUGAGGAACUUAUUUCUACCUUAUUUAUAAACUAUUUAUUUACAGGCCCAUCAGUUAAUGUAAUAAUUGUCCCGACCACAGCUGCACCCCCCACCCCCCCACCCCGGUCUCACACAAUCGGGCAAGCUGCACGUGUGUUUAGCACGCCGCACGCGCACAUUUAGCUGUUUUUAGCUGCUCAGGAGACCGCAGGUGCGGUGUGUGUGUCACUCACUCUGGUUACUCCAACAGGGAGCCGGCUCCGAGAGCUGUCUUUAGCGACCGACACAUCACUGCAUCAUUCCCUUUCCUAAUGUUGUGAAGAACGGUCCGGAGCACAGGCGGAGUGUUUAGCUAACCUGCAGGAAAUGUCGACGACAGUUAUCCAGAAAGUAGCUAAGGGUCACCAGAGAUGUUUCUCAGGUGUUCGCUAGGUACUUUUAGGAUUAAAAAGUCAAGAAGGGGGUCUGAAAAGCUGCUAGAAAUAGCGUCAAAGUCGCUAAAUUGGCAACACUGUGAGGAGCGCUUCAUUUGCAACUUAGGGCAGCGCAAGCGGGAGGAGCAAAUAAUCGGCUUGUUAUGUUUUUUAUA